AUGAAUCUGCUCUGUUCACCGUCAUGCGCGGUCACAUUGACGUCUGUGGGUUCAGCACAAAUAUCUACCGCAUUUGACAUGUGCAAAUCGCCACCAAAUCUUGAGAUCAAGAUCACGACGCCUGUUAGAGACGAAGCUGUUACAUCAACGUUUACUGCUAAAAAUACAUUGGAAACCCGGCAAAUUGGUAGUGGCAAUUAUCCGCUGGAAUUAAAAGUUAAAUUCAGAGAACAAACACUAUGGAAUAACCGGAAAAGUUACCGGGCUGAAGCUUAUGUUCGGAUGCCAGAAACUGGUGAGAUGUCAUAUUUUAUGAAUGGUUCUAUCGAAGUGCCACCAAAUGGAUAUUGUAAAUAUCAUCAUUCAUCUUCCAGCGUUCAAAUUUUACUUUUGUGCACCUUAUUAACGUUGUUUUUUGUUGGUACGAGUAUAGCCGUUAGCAUGCUGAUCCAUUGCAUUUAUGCAAGGCAACUGAACAUUAAAAGCCGCAGCCACAAAAGCAAGACAGUUGAAAGUGAUUCUGUACAAGUGCUACCGUCGUAUCCACACACAAAGCUUUCCCGGGUUGGGUUUGACGAUGACAGACUUCCGGUAAUCCUGGAAAUUGAAGAAGACGAGUUAGACAAAAUUUCAGAAACAGUGCCCGAAAAUGAGCCAUUAAGACGAUCUUUUCGUAUGCAGCUGACCGAUAGUAUACCGCAGUUGGCAGUAUCGCGCGCCUCUGAAGAAGAUGGUUCACCGACGACGUCGACUACAGCAGCAACAGCAGCAGUAGCAACAACAACAACUGAGGCGAUGAAUUCCAGAAGUGUACAGGACUUGACAUCGUUAGGCCGAAGUUCCUGUAUAGGCUCAUCAAACACAGAACCUACCGAAGUAUAG